UGAUUGAAGUUUGUUGUAGUGUGUUAGCGCCCUCUCGCGCCCACUUAUGUGUAACUGCAUGUAGAGUGGAAACACUGGAGCAAAAAUCCAAGACAUGCGACUCCAAAACUCCCCGCUUUCAGUCUGUUUUAGGAUUUUAUACCACUGUUUCUUCAUGAAUUCAAACACUUGGAAGGAAAGAUACUUCUGAAGAUUAAAGAGCAGGUUUGUGCUCAGUUACCUGCGAUUAAAAGAUGUUUGCUUUCAUCUGAUUGUGUUAAGCAUCUUUGUCAAGGAUUCACAACAUCAUCUUUCCAUUGAACAGUAGUGCCGAUGUUCCGGCUGUGAGGAAUCCCCUGCUCUUCUGUCCAGCGGGAUGUUACGCUGCUCUAUAACGGAUCAUCACUGCCGGAUCGGGACACGUCUGCCGUAUGUGGGAAUAGCUCACCCGUGGAGGGGGCGUCUUGAGUCUGUUUUUGCGACGCAGCCAUGCGGUCGGAGCGCAUGAGUCGCGUGUGUAUCGUGGUGCUUGAAGAGGUGGAUGAUGAUGAGCCCGCCCCUCUGCGUUCCAAAAGCGGCCAGGACCACAUUUCCCAGAAUUCCUCUCAGGACGAGAAGCCCUCUCUAAUCAAAGCCAUAUUUAAUGUGGACUCGGAUGAAGUUCGUUCACUCAUAUUCAAGAAAGAAGAUGUCAACAUACAGGACAGUGAGACGAGAACGCCGCUCCACGCCGCUGCCUACCUGGGUGAUGCUAAGAUUAUAGAGCUGCUCAUCGUGUCAGGGGCGAGAGUAAAUGCUAAAGAUAAUAAAUGGCUGACUCCUCUUCAUCGGGCCGUAGCGUCCUGCAGUGAGGAGGCCGUGCGAGUGUUACUGAAGCAUUCAGCAGAUGUCAACGCACGGGACAAACACUGGCAGACGCCACUGCACGUGGCUGCGGCCAAUAAGGCGGUGCGCUGCGCAGAGGCGUUGAUCCCGUUGCUAAGCAACGUGAACGUGUUGGACCGCGCCGGACGGACGCCUCUGCACCACGCUGCCUUCAGCGGCCAUCUAGAGAUGGUUGAGCUGCUGGUGUCUAAAGGUGCAAACAUUAAUGCCUUUGAUAAGAGAGACAGACGAGCUGUUCAUUGGGCCGCAUACAUGGGUCAUCUAGAGGUGUUAAAGUUGCUGGUGUCUCAUGGUGCUGAGGUUUGCUGUAAGGAUAAGAAAUCUUACACUCCUCUUCACUCUGCCGCCUCCAGCGGAAUGAUCAACGUGGUGAAAUAUCUGCUGCAUUUGGGUGUGGAUAUCAACGAGCCGAACGCGUAUGGAAACACUGCCCUGCAUCUGGCGUGUUCUAACGGUCAGGAUGUUGUUGUGAAGGAGCUCAUCGAUGCGGGUGCUGAUGUCAAUCAGGUGAACGAAACAGGCUUCACAGCGCUGCACUUCACCGCCGCAUCCCGACAGGGGGCGCUGUGCCUGGAACUGCUAGUGACCAGCGGGGCCAAUGUCAACUGUAAGAGUAAAGAUGGGAAAACUCCUCUCCACAUGGCGGCCGUUCACGGGCGAUACUCUCGAUCUCAGGCUGUCAUUCAGAAUGGGGCGGAUGUCAACUCUCAGGAUGUGAACGGUAAUUCUCCUCUGCAUGUAGCGGCGCGUUACGGCCACGAGCUGAUCAUAAACACGCUUCUGGCGAACAGAGCGGACGCGGCCCGGCGUGGCAUCCACGGCAUGUUUCCGUUGCAUCUGGCGGCGCUGAGUGGAUUUUCAGACUGCUGUCGCAAACUGCUCUCCUCAGGUUUUGACGUAGACACUCCUGAUGAUUUUGGCAGGACGUGUUUGCAUGCGGCAGCCGCAGGAGGGAAUCUAGAAUGUUUAAAUCUGUUACUGAACACCGGUGCAGACUUUAACAGGAAGGACAGCUUUGGGAGGACUCCUCUGCAUUACGCUGCUGUUAACUGUAUGUAUCAGUGUGUGUUUGCUCUGGUUGGUUCGGGAGCGAGUGUGAAUGAGCGUGACAUCAGAGGCUGCGGACCGCUGCAUUACACCGCUGCUGGGGACUCACGCGGCAAGUGUGUGGAGUAUCUGUUGAGGAAUGAUGCUAAUCCGGCUCUCAGGGAUAAAGACGGAUACAACGCUGUUCACUACGCUUCAUCUUACGGCCACAGAAUCUGUCUGGAGCUGAUUGCCAAUGAAACACCAUUAGAAGUGCUAUUGGACGGGUCUGUAUCUCACAUCAUAAACGACUCAGACGUCCAGUCACCCGUCAGCCCUUUACACUUAGCGGCAUAUCACGGUCACCACCAGGCUCUUGAGGUUCUGGUUCAGUCUCUGUUAGAUCUGGACGUCAGGACUCCUCAAGGUCACACACCUCUGGCUCUGGCUGCACUGAAAGGCCACAUGGAGUGUGUGAAUAUUCUCAUAAACCAGGGUUCAUCUAUACUGCUGAAAGACUACACACACAAGAGGAGCCCGUUACACACUGCAGCUAUGAACGGUCACUCUGAAUGUCUGCGUCUGCUCAUCAACGCAGAUCAACACACAGACGUCAAUAUACGAGACAGCAGGGGACAGACUCCUCUGAUGUUGGCGGUUCUGGGUGGGCACACAGAUUGUGUGUAUCUGCUGCUGAGGAAAGGGGCCAGCGUGGAGCCCAGAGAUAAAUGUGGCAGGACGGCCCUCCACCGUGGGGCAGUAAUGGGUCAUGAGGCGUGUGUGGAGGCGCUCUUGCAGCACAGAUCCGGUCUUCUGGUUCAGGACGGUAGGGGGCGCUCUUCUCUGCAUCUGGCAGCAGCUAGCGGGCAUGUCGGGGUCUUAAGGGGUCUUUUGAAAGCAGCACAGUCUCAGAACUUCACCCCUGUCACUAAAGACAACUGCGGUUACACACCGCUGCACUGGGCCUGUUACAAUGGUCAUGAUGCGUGUAUUGAGCUCAUUCUAGAACAUCAAGAGUUUUAUCAUAUGGAAGGAAACUCCUUCAGUCCACUUCACUGCGCUGUUAUUAAUGAUAAUGAGUCAGCAGCAGAGAUGUUGAUCAAGUUGUUGGGUCCAGGGAUUGUAAACGCCUCAGACUCUCAGUGCAGGACUCCGCUGCACGCCGCAGCAUUCACAGACCACUUGGCGUGUUUGCGGCUUCUGUUGGGUCACGGCGCUCGGGUGAACCCGGUGGACACGCUGGGCAAAACGCCUCUCAUGAUGGCGGCAGAGAACGGACAGACCAACGCCGUAGAUCUGCUGGUGAGCGGUGCGAGAGCUGACCUCACCCUACGGGACUCAAACAGAAACACAGCUCUUCAUCUGGCGUGCAGUAAGGGUCUUGAGACCAGUGCCUUGUUAAUCCUGGAGAAGAUCGGCGAUAGAAACCUCAUCAACAUCACAAACGCUGCGCUGCAGACUCCGUUACACAUCGCUGCUCGGAACGGUCUCACUGUGGUCGUACAAGAGCUUCUGGCUAAAGGAGCGAGCGUUCUCGCUGUGGAUGAAAACGGUUAUACUCCAGCAUUGGCUUGUGCGCCCAACAAAGAUGUGGCAGAUUGUUUGGCGCUGAUACUCGCCACCAUGAUGCCCGUCUCCUCCAGCAGUACCGGCACCCUGUCCGGACUCACGUUUGCCAGCUUCAACCACUCCAAGACGGUGACCUUUGACUCUUUACCCAUUCUGAGAUCCGAACACGUCUCUUAUCGCAACUUCAACAGACUCUGCUGUGAGGACCGCCUAAUCUUUCCUGAUGAUGAACUCAAUGAUUCAGACUCAGACACGUACUGAUGACAUGUCACGUGCACAUGCAGUCAUAUGGGCCCGAGUGGCCACAGUCUCAGGAGAGAGAGAGAAUAAACACGCCGGUGGCACAUUUGUUUAAAGAAAUACUCCAUCCAAAAAUCAUGAACUGAAUGAUGGGAAAAAAGUUUUCCAUAUGAUGAAAGUAAAUAUUGACUAAGGCCGUCAAGCUCCGAAUGACAAAAUAAUAUAUAUAAAAUGAUCAUGGAUGUUGAUACAUAAAGAUGUCAUAUAAAUUCAGAGGACAUGGAAUUAAGCGCAAUAAUUUUACGAUUCGUUUAAUUUCAUGAUACAUAAAGUCAAAGUUUAUUUGUUUAUCACUUUUCAAAAGUCAUGGUUUCGUGCUGUACAGAAUAAAAGUCAUACGGGUUUGAAGCAACAUAUUGAGUGAAGUUGACAGUAUUGAAACUUUAGUGGAACAACUGAAACAGCAAAAAUGUAUUUUUGAUUUUGUUAUUGGAUCAUGAAAGAAGAAGGAAACAGAAAGACCGGACAUGAAAACUUCAGGGACCAAGAAGCGCAGAUUUCUCCUGCAUCUUUUACUUUACGCCCUGUUUGUGCAUGAAGACUGAAUUCAAGUUUAUAUCGAUGUGGGUUAUUUAUUAUAAGGUAUGAAGAGCAACAAAAGACGGACUGUUCUUUAGUUUAUUUCUCUGCGGUCAUGAGGAAUCACAGCGUUUCUAUCAGUUGUUCCUCUGUACAGUAGAUGUGUGUUUGUGUGACGUGUGCGAUUAUUUUAUAAGAAUUUAAAGACAAUAAUCGAGUCUGCGUGUGGCAUAAUGUACAUUUUGGUACAUAAAAUGAUGAAUAAAUAUUUGCUUUAAUCUUAA